AUGAACUUACCUUCACCCACAGCCGGUUCUUCCAAGUUGACAACUCAAGGGAAUUUAUGGAGUGAGAUAUUGAGUGAAGCAGAUAGACAGAAAGGUUUGAAAAGGAAGAAUGUUCUUUUGUUAUCCGAAAAACAUCGUGGAAGACGAUUUCUGUUAGAUAAAUUAUCUUCAACAAUAUCCAACAAACAUAAACCGAGGAAAGUUUCAAAGACCACCGCUUUGGCAUUGGGGUAUGAAGUUUUAGAAAUGAGGGAUGAAGGUGAUGAAGAAUCAGCACCACCUUUAUCAGUCUUUUACCCACCUAGCUCAGCUGAAAACCUUUUGAAAUUGGUACCUGCUUCAUUACCACCAAACUCUUUGCAAGAUACAGCUGUUGUCAUUCUUCUCGAUUGGACCAAGCCGUCUUUGAUGGUCCGCGAGCUGCUCACAUGGCUAGCAUGGAUAGACAAAUGGGUCGAAUCAUCAACCGAGCAAGGCGAAGCUGAAGAAAUGCGAGACAGACUCCAAAGUCACUUGCAGCAUUACUCUGAGCCUGCAACAUCGACCAGCUCUGGCCUGGCGGCUUAUGGCGCAGGACCAUUAUUACCACUUGGUCCGGGGACGUUGACUCUGAACCAACUUGGUAUACCCAUUGUGGUGGUUUGUACGAAAGCAGAUCUGAUGGAUACUGUAGGGGACGAGAUUGGGAUGAAAGGUGCUGGAUGGGAAGAGAGGACGGAUUGGAUACAACAAGUUUUGAGAACUCUGUGUCUGGCGUACGGCGCAGCUUUAUUCUAUACUGCACCCACUCAACCUCAAACAUAUACCCUCCUCCGUACUUACCUCCUUCACCGUCUCUACACCACCCCUCCUUCUCUUCACUCGCCCACAGAAUCAAAUACCCCUGUUCCCACCUCUCGAUUCCCAUUCCCUCAUCGGGCCAAUGUUCUGGAUAGAGACGCCGUGAUGGUCCCCAGUGGGUGGGAUUCAUGGGGUAAGAUUAACGUCUUGCGCGAGGGUUUUGAUCCAGCUCGCGUUGCCAAAGCUUGGGAAGUUGGGCUAAACAGAGCUGCGGAGGUAGCAAAGGGAGAAACCAAAGAGGUGGAAGAUGGUGAAGAGGAAGAUGUGGAGGAUUUAUGGGAAGGAAUGAUACCUGAUACUGAGAGAGGUCCGAAGCCUUCAACAAAUACAUCAAUAACCACCACAGUCGAACCUGAACAAAAUUUCCUCUCUAGACAAUUAGACCUCCUCAUGCGUGAUCCUAAUAGAUUAGAUCCUCGACAACAAUUCCGUUCAGCCCUCACGGCAUCAGCUUCGACCGAAACUGUCGGUCCAAAUCUGACACCUUCGUCAUCCGGGGGGACUUUCUCAGGUAUGGGAGGAGUCGUGGGACCUAUGGGUAAUGGGGGAUUGAACUUACCUGGAGUAGAGAAGGUUAUCAAUGAGAUGGGAGGUUCUGCUGAAGAGUUGAAAGAAAAAUUUGCGAGGUUGGGAAGGAAGGACUCCACUCGUCCUGGUGGACCACUAUCACCAGGUUCGAAUCCCGGAGCUGUACCUAACGAAGCUUUGCACAAUUUCUUUCAAGGUCUCCUAGCUACCAAAGGCAAAACCGCCACUCCUUCCAAAACACCCUCUCCGGCACCUCCAACAGAAUGA